CUGGAAAAAGUUUUUCCAGAUGUGAUUUGUAACGAUUGUACUCGAGUAAUACUAAAUGAUGGAAAAGGUUCCGAUUACAUCCAUGCUAACUACAUAAAAGGAGAUCCAUUAUUAUGCACAUACAUAUGUACACAGGGACCUCUGCCAUCGACUAUAUUCGAUUUUUGGAGAAUGAUAUGGUUGGAAAAGGUGUCGCAUGUAAUAAUGUUAUGUAGUACAAUGGAAUGUGGAAAGAAGAAAUGCGAACAGUACUGGCCAGAAGAUAACGGUGCAAGCUUGACAUUCAAUGGUAACAACUUGGUUAACAACUCGGACCCUCACGUAACUCGCACUACUCUCGAACUUAAGCAAGGUACAGAAAAGCAUUUUCUGAAGCAUCAUCGAUGGAAGACAUGGCCAGAUAAAACCGUACCCAAAUCGCUGUUGGCAGUAUUCCGAAUCCUGCAUCAGACAAGGAAGUCAAAAACGCCUAUAGUGGUUCACUGCUCUGCUGGAGUGGGAAGAACUGGAUCAUUUGUGAGUGAGAUAUUUUCAAUCAAAUCAGUCAGUCAAGUCCUUGCCAAGUCGGAUGACUCCUCGCCGUCUUUCUCUUUUUGUUCUUCAUCAUUUGUCCUACUUGGUAGCAGAGUCUGCUUUUCUGAUGGUUGA